CUCUUGUCGUUCGAAACUGGAAAUUCUUUCUGGUCCCAAAUAGCUCACUCCCUAGUCCCUGCGUAACUAGCAAGCGAACCAAGGAAAACGACGCACAAAAUCAACUAGAUUAUCAUCACUAACAGUACUAUAUAGACCCCAAAACACAGUUUCUUUCUUCGUUUUCUCUCCCAAACAAGCAAUUGCUUCAAUCAAUGGCUGAGCCCAAAACCAAGUACGAUCGCCAACUCAGAAUAUGGGGUGAUCAAGGACAGGCUGCACUUGAGAAAGCGAGUAUAUGUCUGCUAAAUUGUGGUCCUACGGGUUCCGAAACACUAAAAAAUCUUGUCCUUGGUGGGAUCGGAAGCAUCACUGUUGUAGAUGGAUCUAAAGUUGAAUUGGGCGAUCUAGGAAAUAAUUUUAUGGUUGAUGAAUCAAGCGUUGGGCAAUCGAAGGCAAAAUGUGUGUGUGCAUUUCUUCAAGAGCUAAAUGAUGCUGUUAAGGCCAAAUUUAUAGAGGAGUAUCCGGAGGCACUGAUUGAGACAAACCCAUCGUUUUUUUCUCAGUUCACCUUGAUUGUGGCCACUCAGCUAGUCGAAGAUUCAAUGAUAAAGCUUGAUAGAAUCUGUCGGGAGGCAAAUGUAAUGCUGAUUUUUGCUCGCUCCUAUGGCCUAACAGGGUUGGUUCGAAUCAGUAUGAAGGAACAUACUACUGUUGAAUCAAAGCCUGAUCAUUUUCUUGAUGAUCUUCGAUUGAAUAACCCAUGGCCCGAGCUCCGCAGGUUUGCAGAAACCAUUGAUCUAGACGUGUCAGAUCCUGUUGCCCACAAGCACAUACCAUAUGUUGUCAUUCUUGUCAAGAUGGCACAAGAGUGGGCCAAAAGCCAUGGUGGUACUCUUCCCUCAACCAGGGAAGAGAAAAAAGAGUUCAAGGAUCUUCUUAAAGCCAGAACGGUUGCAGCUGAUGAAGAUAACUACAAGGAAGCUAUUGAGGCCUCCUACAAAGUCUUUGCUCCACCGGGAAUUAGUUCGGAUUUACAGCAGAUAAUUAAUGAUAGCUCUGCGGAAGUUGAUACCAAUUCAUCAGAUUUUUGGAUAAUGGUGGCAGCUUUGAAGGAAUUCAUAAAAAAUGAAGGCGGCGGUGCGGCACCCCUGGAGGGAUCAAUACCCGAUAUGACAUCUUCAACUGAGCAAUAUGUAAAUUUGCAGAAUAUCUACCUAGCCAAGGCCGAGGCUGAUUUUCUUGCUAUUGAGCAACGGGUUAGGAAUAUUUUGAAGAAAAAUGGUAGAGAUCCAAAUAGUAUCUCGAAGGCAACAAUAAAAAGCUUCUGUAAAAAUGCUAGAAAACUAAAAGUCUGUAGAUAUCGCCCUGUAGAGGACGAAUUUAAUUCUCCAAUUUUGUCAGAGUUACAGAAGUAUAUAACAGAUGAAGAUUACAGUGUUGCAGUAGGAUUCUACAUUCUGUUUAGAGCUGUUGACAGGUUUGCUGCUAAUUACAACAGUUUUCCCGGACAAUUUGAUGGAGCGAUGGAUGAGGACAUAUCUCGAUUGAAGACUACGGCUGUUAGCCUACUUAGUGAUUUGGGUUGCAAUGGAUCGACUAUAACUGAGGACCUUAUCAACGAGAUGUGCCGAUUCGGGGCUUCAGAGCUUCAUGCCGUUGCUGCUUUCGUUGGAGGAAUUGCGUCACAAGAAGUGAUCAAGCUCAUAACAAGACAAUUUGUACCCAUGUCUGGAACGUUCAUCUUCAACGGUAUCGAUCACAAGUCUCAACUUUUGCUACUCUAGUGGAUUUCAAGCUAAAAACUGGUAUCUUCAUAAUACGGGGCUGGUCAAGAGCUUUCGAGGUAUAAUCUUCCUACAUCCUAUCUACGGCCGAUUCUUGAAAGGUCUUCCCUCAAAUGUUGUGAGGAGCAGGGAUUUAGCUUGAUAAACCCCUCCCGGAUGUUGAAAAUCUUUUGUAACUUGUUUCAUCAAUGUGAAGUUCGAGAUAUUUGUAAAGUCGGUCGGACUGGCUUUAUAGGAACACCCAAAAAAAA